CUGGCACAUUUAUUCUUUCAGUUCGCUCUUUGCAGUAGCUAUGUCGAGUCUUCAGCGAUCUAAGCCAUUUUAUAGCCUUUUCCCAUUGUGUUAAACACUAAAAAAAAAAAAACCGUCUUCAGGUCAUCGAAGCAAAACUGAACAGGAUCGAUAAGAUUUUUAAAAAAAAAAAAAAAAGAUCCAGCUAUGGAGCAGACUCAGUGGUGGAGACACAUAAUCUUCUUCUUUCUUGCCUUUUGGGUUUCAUCAUGCUUUGCUCAGACAGCGUCCACUGUGCGCCCAAGUACCACCCCAAGAGUUAAGUCACCCGAGCAUCUGAAGUUUCGACUUACUGGUCAUCCACGAAAGCAUAAUGAGGGAAGAAUUGAGGUUUUCUAUAAGGGUGAAUGGGGAACCAUCUGUGAUGAUGACUUCUCACUGGCCAAUGCUCAUGUGCUCUGUCGCCAGCUCGGGUUUGUCUCUGCUACAGGCUGGGCCCACAGUGCCAAAUACGGCAAAGGCACAGGUAAGAUCUGGUUAGAUAACGUGCAGUGCAGUGGCAGUGAGAGAAGUAUAUCAGUGUGUAAGUCACGUGGAUGGGGCAACAGUGAUUGUACUCAUGAUGAAGAUGCUGGAGUGAUCUGUAAGGAUGAGAGGCUGCCAGGAUUUGUUGACUCCAACAUCAUAGAGGUGCAGGUGGAUGAAAGGAAUGUGGAGGAGGUGCGUCUCCGGCCGGUGGUGUCAAGCAAGCGUCUGCCAGUGAUAGAGGGAGUGGUGGAAGUGAGGUAUAAAGAGAGCUGGGCCCAGAUCUGUGAUAACGGAUGGACACCUAAAAACUCAAGAGUUGUCUGUGGAAUGAUGGGUUUCCCCCAUGAGAGGAAGGUCAACAAGAACUUCUACAAAAAUCUAAGAAAGAGAUCCGCUGAACAAAAAGUCAAAAUUCGAGUAAAAGCAAACAGGCAAGAAGCCAAAGCUAAAGCUAUAACUAAAGUUAGCUUUAAGUCUAAACCUCGCAACUCGGCCACAGACAAAAGACUGUAUGCAGAGAGGCAGAAGAAUCACUUCCUGGUUCACUCUGUGGCUUGUUUAGGCACAGAGGUUCACCUAGCUGCCUGUCCUCUGGAGUUCAACCUAGUCAAUAGCACGGACACAUGCCAAGGUGGCAUGCCUGCUGUUGUCAGCUGUGUGCCUGGACCGGAAUAUGCGCAAAAUCGUGCCAUGAAGAAACAUCUCAAAUCCUCGGGCACAGUGCGUCUAAAAGGUGGGGCAAAGACAGGAGAGGGCCGUGUAGAAGUGCUGAAGGGCAGUGAAUGGGGGACGGUGUGUGAUGAUCGCUGGAACAUGCAGACUGCCAGCGUGGUGUGCAGAGAACUGGGCUAUGGAUCCGCUAAGGAGGCCCUUACUGGAGCUCGAAUGGGACAAGGCAUUGGUCCAAUCUACAUGAAUGAGGUCCAGUGCACAGGUCAUGAGCGUUCUCUGUGGAACUGUCGCUAUAAGAACAUUACUGAUGAAGACUGCAAGCACACAGAGGAUGCUGCAGUCCGAUGUAACGUGCCAUACAUGGGGUUUGAGAAAACGAUGCGUAUCACAGGCGGUCGUACACCCUACGAGGGCCGUGUGGAAGUGUUGCGCACCAGUACUAAUGGAACACAACACUGGGGUCUGAUCUGUGGAGAAGGCUGGGGUACCAAAGAGGCCAUGGUGGUGUGCAGACAGCUGGGCCUUGGAUAUUCCAACCACGGCCUGCAAGUACGGUUGGUGGGGGGGCGUUCGGAGUAUGAGGGGAAAGUGGAAGUUUGGGUGGGUCAGCGCUGGGGCAGUGUGUGCAGUGAGGGCUGGACCACCAGAGAGGCCAUGGUGGCUUGCAGACAGCUAGGGCUGGGUUUCAGCAUGCAUGCUAUUACUGAAACGUGGUACUGGGAUGGCAGUAACGUGACUAACAUGGUGAUGAGCGGUGUGAAGUGUACAGGAAACGAACUCUCCCUCAGCCAGUGUCAGCAUCACAAAACAGUCACCUGUUCGAAAACAGCCGCACGGUUCUCCGCAGGGGUUAUAUGCUCAGAGACUGCAUCUGAUCUGGUUCUGAACGCAUCUCUGGUGCAGCAGACGGCAUAUAUUGAGGACCGUCCGCUGCACAUGCUGUACUGUGCUGCAGAGGAGGACUGUUUGUCUAAAAGUGCUGCGAAAGUUAACUGGCCCUAUGGCCACCGCCGCCUGCUUCGCUUUUCCUCACAGAUCCACAACAUUGGUCGUGCUGACUUCAGGCCUAAAGCUGGACGCCACUCCUGGGUUUGGCACGCAUGCCAUGGGCAUUAUCACAGCAUGGAUAUCUUCACACACUAUGACCUGCUGAGUUCCAAUGGCACCAAGGUUGCAGAGGGACACAAAGCUAGCUUCUGUCUAGAAGACAGUGACUGUCAUGAGGGUGUUUCCAAGCGUUAUGAAUGUGCUAAUUUUGGAGAGCAGGGCAUCACAGUAGGAUGCUGGGAUCUCUAUCGACAUGAUAUCGACUGUCAGUGGAUCGACAUCACUGAUGUGAAACCAGGAAAUUACAUUAUGCAGGUUGUAAUAAAUCCUAAUUUUGAGGUGUCUGAGAGCGACUACACAAAUAAUGCAAUGAAAUGCAACUGCAAAUAUGAUGGCCAUAGGAUCUGGUUUCACAACUGUCAUACUGGUGAUGCAUUCAGUGAGGAGGCCGAGAGGAAUUUUGAGAGAUACCCAGGACAGCUCAAUAAUGAGAUCUCCUAAUCCAUAUCGGCAGAUCAUUUAAAAAAUGUUACCUUUUAUUUUGCCCUGGAUCAUAUACAACAUAUUACCCAGGUUACAGAGUAAGGAUCUAUCGUACUCUUUUUAUGUUCACACUCAGGGAACAGGCAAGGUCUGUCAUUGUGAACCCUCAAGGAAAUUCCAGAAAUCAUAUUCAUGUUGGUGUCAGCACCAGUGACCUGCCGUCCUGAGAGCCACAAAGGUUCAAAUCCUGAGCUUGUUAAGUAGUGUUUUGUUAUUAAAAAAACCCACAGUAAUACAGUUAUCAUACAUGUACCUCAUUUCUAGGUAACAAUAUGGGCAUUAGGCUGUUAGAUAAUAAUAAUCAACAGGACAUAACCUCAUCUAGUGAUUCAGAGAGUGUACCAUGCAUUUAUUAACUCCACAUGCAUAGUUUAUGUUUGCUAUUUCUUUGACUGCCAAAAAGUAUUACACAAAAAUGUGAAACUGUGAGGUUUCUCCUACUUGAACAAUGUAUUUUCAUCACAUUGGAAUAAUUCAGCUUAAACAGCUUUAUUUCAUAUGAAAUUUCAUAUUCAUCAAAAUAUAGGUGCAGUAGGAUCACUCAUCACCUUCUAACUUCACACACCUUCAAUAACUAAACAUUUCUACAACACUGUUUCAACCAUGGCCGGUUACUUUAAGAGGAAAAACAUAAAAACUUCCUCUUUCACAUAUAGAGGUGGACAUGGUCCGUAAUAAAUUAGGCCAUCUUUCUCUUCAUCUUGAAUUUUCUGCAGAGAUUUUGUUCAUUUUUUUGAGAACAAAAUCUUUCUAUUUUCUAAAUUUAGAAAUUUUUUUCUAUAAUUCCAAUAUAUUAUCUGCCCCAUCACAUCAUUGUUUCAACAAGCCACAUCAACUGAGAAAAAAAUAAACGCCGAGAACUAUCGGACAUGUGAAAUGAAAUUAAUUAAAAAUAAAUGUAAUAAAAUUCUAACACGCUCAAGUCUAAUUAUCUCUUCAGAAUAUUUAACAAUCUUUUUUUUAAUCUGCAAUUUUUCCAUAAGGCAAAAUACUGUGUCUGGUAUAUGUUAUUCUGUGAACUCAGGGGAAAUGUGCAGCAUCAGGAGGUCUUGACCUCUGCGCACCACCAUGUUGAUGCUGUCAUUUGUCCGUACUGCAUUGUAGAUUUCUUCUGAGGUGUUCACCUUUUUCCCAUUGACUUCCACCACAAUGUCACCUGGUUUCAUACCCGCUCUGACACACACAAAGAACACAGUGUUCACAUGAAAACAUAUUUAUAAACCAUAUUCCACAA